AUGAAGUGGACCCAAGUUCUCGCCUUUCUGGCAGCUCUGCUACUCUUCGCAUUUGUGACAGGUGCCCGCUACCCGGUGCCGAGCGAAUCUCUGGCCAUGAGUGGACAGGAAGCCGGAGAGGGCUUCGACCUGCUGAGGCGCACUCUGAAGCAAGGCACCGGUGCCUCCGGAGCCUCGACCUCCGGCUCUAGCGGUGACGGUGGCUCUGGCGGUGCCGGCGGCUCUAGCGGUGCCGGCGACUCUGGCGGUGCCGGCAGCAGUGGAUACGACGGCAAGAAGAAGGAGGAGCCCAAGAAGAAGGAGGAGCCCAAGAAGAAGGAGGAGCCCAAGAAGGAGGAGCCCAAGAAGAAGGAGGAGCCUAAGAAGGAGGAGCCCAAGAAGAAGGAGGAGCCCAAGAAGAAGGAGCAGCCACCGCCCAAGAAGGAGGAGCCCAAGAAGAAGGAGGAGCCCAAGAAGAAGGAGCAGCCACCGCCCAAGAAGGAGGAGCCCAAGAAGAAGGAGGAGCCCAAGAAGAAGGAUUACGGCGGCAAGAAGGGCAUCUGA